AUGGCCGUAGUGCUUAACUCGGAAGAGAAUAAUUAUUUCUCGAACGCCCCGCUCCGUCGAUCGCAUUCGCAGCCCAAGUUUGUCACCCAGUCAUCAUAUUCAAGUUCCCCGUCAAGAUCGAAGAGCAGCACUGCGUUCAAUACCCUCAUCUCACCUUCCGAUUCAACCCCUUCGUCCGCCCCCUCCUCACCAAGGACGAUACACGCCGAUUCCACAGCGCCCUCCUUUUCCUCCACUCCCGCAAGCAGCUUAUCCCUCGACGCACACUGUGACGACGAGACCGACGAGGAUCAGAUUCUCUUCCCGUCAUAUGACGAAGUAGGAUAUUACGACUCCGACCAAGUCGAAGACCUGGAGCCACCAGCAAGUCCCCGGACCGGUGAUUCUUAUACCGUCUCCCCCACAUCAGGCUCCACCUCGACCAACGCAUCGAGACCAGGAUCACCAGUCCCAGUAGAACAUGCUGAAGAUGAUACGGCGGUGCGAAUCCAGCCAUCCCGACAUGUGGAUUACCUAUCACAUAAUUGGAAGGAGGAAGACAUCUGGUCGUCUUGGAAGCUUAUAGUGUCAAAACGAGGGGUGUACAAUAACAGUGCGAGGUUGGAAAAUGCAUCGUGGCGAACAUGGAUGAAGUCCAAGAACAAGUUAAAGACCAUUUCCCCCGAAACCCUCAAUUGGCUCAAAGAUUGCGAUGUAACCUGGUUAUAUGGGCCAUUGCAGUCUGGGUCAGAUAAGGCACUACGCAUGCCUUCUGCAUCUCCGAUAAGUAGCAGUCGGCUGUCGAAGUCGAAUUCAUUCUUGAACAAGAAACCCAUUUUAAAGAAGCGAAGCAUGUCAGAAAUAAUGCUCCGAAAAUCCUUGUCAUCCUCAUCGCUCUUAAAACAAGCAGCAGCGGCCGUUCAAGCCCAGCAAACCUCCGUCGGGGUGAUGGAUCGGUCUGGAGUGAGGCGUGACCCUUCGGUUUAUGGCCACCAUUUCCCAUCGCCAGGAUUAAGCCAUUUACACACCAGUGCGUUCUCUUCGGCUGUAUCCUCUGGUUUGGCUUCGCCCGGGGCGAGGGAGAGGAAGCAUAUCCACUUUAAUGAACAAGUAGAGCAGUGCAUCGCGGUGGAGGUGAAGGGAGAUGAUGACGACGACGACCCGGAGUUAUAUAACGGCUAUGACUACGACGACAGCGAUUCUGACGAUGGAGGGGUCAUGAUGAAGAGGAGCGACUCGAAACGGAAACUACCCCCUCUCCAGAGCAAGAAGACACAACGACAAAAUUCAACUACCGAAAACAAAACUAUCGCCAUGCUACCAUCCACAACCCUAAAAUACCGAGAAGAUAGCCCUGACGGUCCCGAUUCAGCCAUGAGCCACAAUGCAUAUUGGACUGGGACUAAGUUAUCGCCUUCACCUUCCCAAGAAACGCUCCGACCGUCAAAACCGUCAUCGAGGAUGUUACUUGGAGAUGAUGAGGAUGAUGAUGAAGACCUAGAUUGGCAGCCGAAUAGCUCAUCUCGGAGGGAUAGCGUCACAGUGAAUCAGGAUCGGUUAGGGAGCUUACAUAAAUCUGGAUCGUCGUCAAGCCUCACCAAUGAGCCAUCUGGAAUGAGAAGGACGCCAUCAGGAAUGUUUAUGCCCUGCGAGGAAGACGAAGACGAUAGAGUAUCAGAAGGCCUGUUUGGCAAAGUUGUUGAUACUGUAAAUACGGCGAAGGACAUCGCGCAUGUAAUAUGGAACGUAGGAUGGAGACGGUGA